CAGAUAGUCCCAAGCUGAGUGGCCGAUCCAAAGCCAAGGUCUUGUCUCAGUUUUUUUCUGGCAGUCCUCUGCUGGUGGCCAACGCGUUGUGGAAACAGCGCAUCCAGAGCACAGUGCAACAACGCAGUGUUUCCAGCCUGUCUCCGCUAGAUCACGGCUUGUAGUGAGCGGCUUUCUCCAAUCACUGUAUUCGAACACCAAGAACAGACGAGGACUCUGAGGUGGUGGACUUGUCCGAAGUCGGAGCUCGUGCAAUAUGCAGGCAAUGAGGUUGAUGACAGUGAGUGCUGCUGUUGCUACUGCUACUGCAGUAAUGCUCGCAUCCCUGACUACAUGUAGCCAUGCACAGGUAGUGCCAUGCGAUUCUCCCGUACAGUGGGAAGCAGGCUAUGCUAUGUUCAACCCGCGUGAAGGUCACGAGUUCACCGUUCAUGGUCGCUAUUCUUACGACAAGCUAAAUCUGCGUAAGCGGCGUUAUGAAGAAGUUGAUGACAUUAUGCACCCGGACUAUCAGUUUCUUGAAGUCAUUGAGCUCUUCAAAGAUGAGAAGCGUUACGUCAUUGAUAUGCGUACUCGUCUAUGCCACGAGGAGCCUCUCUACCAUCCCGAUGAGAAAAACAAUGGCUUCCAUGAUCACGACGUACCCAGUGGUGCACGCUUGGAUGGUGUUCGCGUUCUUGGUUGCAAGGAUGUUGAACAGGGGUACCUGAACAUAUCUCAGUGGUCUUAUCGCUACGUGGAUCGUCAGUACAACUGGGCUGGUUCGUUCACUUUGGACAAGUGUAUUCCUACUCGCAGUGAUGCUUUCAAUUCAACAACAUUCGGUCUGAUUUUUGAAGAAUUCUAUGACGUAGUACCAGGAAUUUCUGAUCCAAAUGUGUUUAUUCCUCCUGCCCAAUGCAUCGGUCAGACCAACAAGAUCUACCGACAUGGCCGCACACUGAGAUGAAUCACCAACACUGGGAUAAGACGAUACUAGCACGUUGAAGUACUGAAAGUGAUGACAUUGAAUUGAUUGAUUUUACAGUGACUGCCUACACCAGGCAUAGCGAUGCGGCCUGGCUGUGUGCAUGGAGACAAACAUAAUAUUAUUGUAGGGCCAUCAUCCUAUACAAUUGUUUGACUGCACAUGGGUAAUUCAUUAUUAGUUACAAACGAAACCAUGAGCUGGAAAACAUCGGAAUUGAUCCUCACUUUUCACUCCUCACUCGUACAUGAGUCGUUCUGAUUGUUUUGAUGCCUCA